CCUUUUAAAACACGCACCCCGACCCCUCAAUUCCCAUUUCCUCGAUUUCUCCUUUCCAUUGUAGAUCUCUCUCUCUCUCUCUCUCUCUCUCUCCAGCGACUCUUCUUGGUGACGGUCAAAUUAUCCACAGGAUACAGCAUUUCGACUCCGUCUCCUCCAGGUUCUCGUGAUUCAAUCGAUCCCUUACCCAAACCAGCCAUGAAUCCCGAAUACGACUAUUUGUUUAAGCUUUUGCUUAUUGGAGAUUCUGGUGUUGGCAAAUCUUGUCUGCUUCUGAGGUUUGCUGAUGAUUCAUAUCUGGAUAGCUACAUAAGCACUAUUGGAGUUGACUUUAAAAUUCGCACCGUGGAACAGGAUGGGAAGACCAUUAAACUCCAAAUUUGGGACACUGCUGGGCAAGAACGUUUUAGGACAAUCACUAGCAGCUACUACCGUGGGGCUCAUGGGAUUAUUGUUGUUUAUGAUGUCACAGAUCAGGAGAGCUUUAACAAUGUUAAGCAAUGGUUGAACGAAAUUGACCGCUAUGCAAGUGAAAAUGUGAACAAGCUUCUAGUUGGCAACAAGAGUGACCUCACGGCAAAUAAAGUUGUGUCCUAUGAGACAGCCAAGGCAUUUGCGGAUGAAAUUGGUAUCCCUUUUAUGGAAACAAGUGCGAAAAGUUCGACUAAUGUGGAACAGGCUUUCAUGGCCAUGGCUGCCGAAAUCAAGAACAGGAUGGCAAGCCAACCCAUGAGCAAUGCUAGGCCUCCGACAGUGCAGAUUAGGGGACAGCCUGUGAACCAGAAGUCUGGCUGCUGCUCUUCUUAAAGGGGAAGAAGUAUUAGUGGGUUCGUGAUGUUUGUCUGUUUUUCGGGCAUGUAAAACUAGUCCUCUUCCUAAUACACUUGAUAUUGUUAUUUUACUUGCCAGUUGUUCUUCAGCACUUUUCUUGAAAUUUCAUUCUUUUGAAUGUAUUUGAUUUUAAAAAUAUUUGUACAAAUUAGGAAUAUUGGUGAACA